UGGCCCAUAAAACUCAUCAUUUUAUACUACUGAUUGUUUGUAAGAUUACAGGAACGACAAAACAAGAAGAAACAGCAAAUUGAGUCUGUUAAACCCUAAGAAACGAUGCGAAGAAAGGGAAGGAGAUAAGGACCCUGUGCGGUGUCAAUGGCGCUUCCUGCUUCUACUCUUUUGCCUACUUCUUCUUCUUCUUCUUUUUCUUCGCCUUCUGAGAUAAAACUAUUUGGGUACCAAUCAUGUCAAGUCCAAAAGAACUUGGUUCUACUAGGGACCCGUCACCAGGCUUUGUCCAGAUGUGCCUUGAAAGUAUCAAUGUCACAAUCUGGUGGACCAGAAAAUGUUAAUAUGAAAAUCAAUGACGUCAAGGAGAAAUUACAGAAAGCCAUUCCUGACUCAGUUAAGGAACUUGAAUGGGAGAAAGGGGCUGAUAUACUGGUGCAGCAAUUGCUUUCUCUUGGACAAAAGGCAUUCAAAUGGCUUACUGUUGUUUUGAUUGCUGUGAGCUUUUUAUCAGAUGUUAUAUUCACUAUCUCUAGGAACCAGGAAUUAGUCAUGCCAUUUGGUCUCUUGGCUGGUUGUUUAUUGGCUGAUUUCUUUAAAGAAACAUCUAUUGAAGUGUUUCCAAACUCACAAGGCAAAAGGUUAAACUGGAAUCUUAUAGUUAUUGGCUGCUUCUUUGUUCUGGUCAAGUUCAUCUCUGCAUUUUUCGGGAUCAGAGGAAAGGUGUUUAUUUUACAUGUUGCUAAUGGUGGGUUUCUGCAAGUUUUGUGGCUUUGGACCACUUUGCUUAAGGGGAAAAAUGAAGGCAACCAAGAGAACUCUUUGUCGCAAGAACAUGAUUCAUUAGCCAUAGAAGCAAAUGAUUAGUUUUGACCUUAAAGCUUGUACAUUGAGAAGCCUUACUCUUUCUUCUCUGAAUCCUAUAAACAACAAAUUUGCCAGGACUUGUUCUGUUUUUCUGGGUAAAAAUUAUUGGUUCAUUCAUACCAAUUUAGUUGUAUACAAUCUAAAUUAACUUUUAUAACUUAAUGAUAAUUAAUUUCCUCA